ACGCCACCAUGCCGCGAACCCAGCCCAGUUUGUGUAGCCAUUUGAUUAAGUGACCUUCUCGCCAACGCAGGAUCAAUUUGUUCAUGUCGAAUGCGGUUCGACUAAGCUGCACUCUUAGAGCCUGAGUUAUCCGCCGCAAUGACGUUGGAAAGCGGUUUGCAACAUCCGGAUGCCAAUGCCAUGAGGCUGUAUUCCAGGUUCCUGUCCACCGCACUGACUGUGGCCACUGGGAACAGCUCCUCGGAUGGCGCCGUGCUCCUCAUCCAAGCUACUGCGGCUCCAACAGGCGAAAUAACAACGUCUAAUGGAGCCGGCACAGCCCUCAAGGUGGGUGUGCCCUCGAUGAACUCCUAUCUGGUCAGCAUGGCGUGGCCCAAGUCACUGGCGGUGGCCGUCUUCCUGGUCAUCAUCCUUGUCACCGUGGUCGGUAAUACACUCGUCAUCCUCGCCGUUCUGACCACACGCCGCCUGCGAACCGUCACCAACUGUUUCGUGAUGAACCUGGCCAUCACCGAUUGGCUGGUCGGAACGUGCGUGAUGCCCCCCUCGGUGGUCCUCUACAUAACAGGCACUUGGCGCUUCGGCUGGAUACUGUGCGACAUUUGGAUCUCGCUGGACAUCCUGCUCUGCACCGGCUCCAUCCUCAGCCUGUGCGCCAUCAGUCUGGACAGGUAUCUCGCCGUCACACAACCAUUGACGUACUCCAAGAAGCGGCGCUCCAAGCGGCUGGCCCUGCUCAUGAUACUCGUCGUGUGGAUAACGGCCCUGUCAAUCACGUGUCCGCCCUAUUUGGGCUGGUACGAGGCGGGCAGGCAUCAGGCGGAGUUCGUGGACUGCCGCUACAACCAGAACAAGGGCUACGUGGUCUUUUCGGCAAUGGGAUCAUUCUUCAUCCCCCUCACCGUGAUGCUGUACGUCUACGUUAAGAUUGGCUAUGUGCUCACAUCACGGCGGCAGCGCAUUGUGCGCGAUGCGAACUCGGAGCGCACGGCAGACUACGAUGUGGACGGGGACAACUUCAUCUCCGAGUCGGAGCACUAUCACUGCACGCCAACCAAGUGGCUGCCGAACAGGAAGUCCCGCUGGAGAUUCAACUCGCUGCACGACCCAUCCAGCACCACCGCCGCUGCCACGAACAUGACCAAGGGACACCAGCCGUCAGUCAAGUGCCCCAAGUGCUCCUCCACGACAGCCGGAGUCCCGGUGGCGGACAAAACGCUGACGUUCAAGCACCAGCCCACUUUUUACGAGCUGGUCGAGGUGUCGCGUCUCUCCUCGCUCAUCCACUGCUCGGCAAUUAGCUGCAAGUACGGCGGACCCUGCAUGCACUCCACGCCCUCGGGAAUGCACUACGUGGGCACGGAGGCCUCCUUCACGGACACCUGCCUGGGUGCCGCCUCCGCACUGGAGGCCACCGAUAAACUGGAGGCGGAAACCCACUCACAGCAGAAGCAGCAGCAGCAGCAGCAGCAACAGCGAUCCUUUGACCUGCCACAUGGCCAUCAGCAUCAUCAUCAUGGCUCCCAGAACCAUCACAACCACCAUCAUCGGAUGCCGAUGCGAGUGUCGACCACGAAACGUGAUAGCAAGACCGCCAAGACCCUGACAAUUGUGAUGGGCGGCCUAAUUGCUUGCUGGCUGCCCUUCUUCGUCUAUUAUCUGCUGAUACCCUUCCUGCCGCCACCCGCCGUCCUCCAGGACCUCAUGUUCGGCUUCACCUGGAUUGGCUGGGUCAACUGCGCCAUCAACCCCUUCAUCUACGCCUUCUACAACCCGGACUUUCGCACCGCCUUCUGGCGACUCACCUGCCGGCCCAUCUGCAAGCAGAAGCGUCCGCCCAACCACCUGGCCAUGUUCCGUGGCUAGUUCCCAGGUGCUGGAUCAUGGAGCACUUGAGGGUGUCACAGUCACUAGUCGCACAAUCGAAGCUCAGUUUGGUGGGUGGGCUACUUACAGGAAAUAUCUCAGGCAUAUCUUUCACCCUUUCCCUUUUGCCGCUUCACAAACUUUCAACUUCUCACAAAAGAUUCAAGAAAGUUUUAGGACCUGGGCUCAGAUCACUGGGAAAUGUAAUUGCAGAAGGCUUUUGGUCUGACUUCUUUGCGUCUCUCAGAAAUGCUAAUAAAAGUCACAUUUCAAUGCCUUAUUUUACAAAUGAAUGGAGAAGAAAUGCCAAUAAAAUAAUGUAUUUAGAGUAAUUAUUAUGGAAAAACAAUUAAUUACUUUUUAUUCAAAAUAUUAAGAUUGAAUUCAGUUUGUUCGUAAGCUUUGUUCUUUUUUAUUUAACUUAAUAUGAAAUGGUUUAAUAACAAU